UUUAUUGCACUGUCCUUUCAGUUGUUUACGAAGACAUCAAGAGUAAAGGGCUCGAGCCUCUGCCUCUGCCUCUCUCCCCCUCCCUAUUCUCUCUGGCCAUCCUUCGUUGACCUACAAUUAUUUUUUCAACAAGACAUAAUUUACUGAUACUCAGUUCAAGAUCUAUUCACUACAAGCCUUGAUUUCUCAAAUCCAAGAUCUAUACCAAAUAAGAAACGACGCCACGUGGGACAUCGAGCUCACAACUGGACUAGUUCAGGUUUUGGGUGAUUAUGCUUAUUUUUUUCAGAUCUGGGGUUUAUAGUAUUAGCUACUCUGUUGCUUUUUGAAUUCGUUUGUUGGAAAUGUCAAUUAUACCUAAGAAUGACGACUCCAUUCAAAUCCGAGAGGUGUGGAAUGACAAUCUCGAGGAAGAAUUUGCUUUGAUUCGUGAAAUUGUUGAUCAAUUCAAUUAUGUAGCUAUGGAUACUGAGUUCCCGGGCGUGGUUCUGCGUCCGGUGGGAAAUUUUAAGAACAUAAAUGACUAUAACUAUCAGACUUUGAAAGAUAACGUUGAUAUGUUGAAAUUGAUCCAAUUGGGUCUCACUUUCUCUGACGAGAAUGGGAAUUUGCCCACUUGUGGAACCGAUAAGUUUUGCAUUUGGCAAUUCAAUUUUCGUGAGUUCAAUAUCAGCGAGGACAUAUUUGCUAGUGACUCUAUUGAGCUGUUGCGCCAAUGUGGGAUUGAUUUUAAGAAGAAUAAUGAAAAGGGUAUUGAUGUUAAUCGAUUUGGUGAGCUUCUGAUGUCAUCUGGGGUUGUUUUGAAUGAUAGCGUGUAUUGGGUUACAUUUCAUAGCGGGUAUGAUUUUGGGUACUUGCUUAAGCUUUUGACUUGCAGGAGUUUGCCUGAUACACAAGCAGGAUUUUUUGACUUGAUCAAUAUGUACUUUCCUGUGGUGUAUGAUAUCAAGCAUUUGAUGAAGUUUUGCAAUAGCCUUCAUGGGGGGUUGAACAAGCUUGCAGAGCUAUUGGAGGUGGAAAGAGUUGGUGUAUGCCAUCAAGCGGGCUCCGAUAGUUUGCUCACUUCCUGCACAUUUAGGAAGCUGAGGGAUAACUUUUUCAACGGUUCUGCAGAGAAGUACGCAGGAGUUUUAUAUGGUCUCGGUGUUGAGAAUGGACAAAAUACUAAUUGAAAAGAAAUAAUUGGCAAAAGAUGAUGAAUAUUUGUAGACUACCUGAGUGUGAGAUUUUCAAUUCUCUUGUAUACUUUGGCAAAAAAGAUUGUUGUUCUAGUGGUGACUUCUUUCAUUUUCUUAUUUGUGACUGAAACCUGAACUGGUUUUUAGUUUGGUGUCCUUGUACAUUAUUGCAGUUAGUUUAUCAAUAAUAAUUUUAGUUCUUGAAAACUUA